AUGGUGAGCUUGAGCGGCGUUGUUGCCAUCGCCGCUUCAGGCGCGGCUAUCUUCGUCGUCUUCGCAGUCGUUUCCAUUGUCGUCUGGGUUCGCGUUCGAAAGGAACGUCAUGCGUUGAGAGUCCUAGGUCUCAAGGAAGGAGAGUUCUCCCGUAGCCUCCAGACCUUCACGGGAAAUACCUUGACAUCACUCUCCCAUGAGGAGGGGACGGCACUCCGAGCACAUGGCCAGUUACCCUAUGGCAAGCCGACGGAAUGGGGUCAGCUCGCAUCUCGAGAGACACUGCUUGGGCCCAAAAAUAACUCGGACUCGUCGUUUCCACUGGCCGACAAAGCCCGAUCACUCCGAAAUUCCCUCAGGCGAUCCAGAUCCAAACGCCUUUCGAGGUCCUCCCACAAGCGUCUAAGUUCAAUGGCUACAGUGAGCGAGAUCCACAUGCAUAGUUCUCAUCAGCCCUCCAUAUCCAGAGACGAUGUUCCACUUUCGGCUAUCGAGGGAGUCCUAGAGUUGCCAGCAGAGCGAACCCCCAAUCAAACACCCGAGAUGAACAAAGGGGAGGAAGAAGGUUUCAUUCUCGGCAUGCGACCUGUGUCUCCCGGAUGGCCAUUGCCUAUCCAGAAGGAUCGAUCUACCUUGUUUCCGGUGUUGGAAAACCGCAACUCGCAAGAUAUGUUCGAUCCAUCUCCACGAAUCUACGAAGAGUCUCCGCAACGGCUUCGAGGAGGAAGCAUAACGAGCCAAAAAGCUGGCGCUAUUCCCGACGAUAUUCCUCCCCCUCCUCCGCCAGCUGCCUGGCCACCGGACAGACUCAGCUAUGCGAGAAAUGACUCCGUGAUGAGGUUAUCUUCCAUGAGCUUGGAUACCUGCAACAGCUCCAUUUUGGACGAUGGAAGAUUUGGUUACCGAUCAGCUGAUACUGAACUCACCUCGCCCAUCUUCCCGUCCGGUGGCACCUUCGUUCCGUUCAGUGCAAAUGACGUUGGAAUAAAGAAUGGACGCAGGAGCUUCAUCGCCGCAAACACCGGUCAGGGCAUGCCACCGUUGCACAAUUUCCCCAUUCGUUCGUCUUCGACGGCAGAGACUCGUCGAAGAUCGUCAAUGGAGCCCAUGGAGCCUCGCAGGAGCAUGACGACGACUUCUCGAAAUCCUAGCAAUGGAAGCGAUCGAUUUGGUGGACCUCCCCACCGAAGCGAUUCAGUGUCAUCUAAUAAUAUACCCACAAGGCACUCAUCAUUCCGCAGUGGAACGCCGAUAUCUAUGGGAAGUUUCCACAACCCCAACAAUCCCAACUGGCGAUCACCUCCAUCUCAGCCAUCCCCGAUGGCUUAUGUACCUCAUUUCAGCCAGUUUCAACGGUCAACUAUCUAUGAUGAGCAGCGUGAGAAUGACCCGUUUUACGGCGGCUCGCCGCAUUCAAACGGCACCCUAUUCUCCAUGGGAUCACCUGGCACAGCAACAGGCUCGAUGCCUCCCAGCCCGUGCAAAGAUCGAGUUUAUCUCAACGAGGGGCUUUGCCGUCUGCCUUGA